UUGAACCACUGUGAGACUUGGCUCAGGGGUGAUCAAGGCUGGCUUUGCAGGAGACCAGAUUCCCAAAUACUGUUUCCCAAACUAUGUCGGGCGGCCUAAACACAUGCGGGUGAUGGCCGGAGCCCUGGAGGGGGACCUCUUCAUCGGACCCAAGGCAGAGCCAGGGUGACCCACUAGAAACAGCACAGGCCAGUCUCCUGUCAGGAGGAGCCAGCAUGGGAUGGAGAGGAGCGAGCCCAGCCCGGAAAAUGCUGCGUGGACACCUGGGGGAUGUCGGCCCAGUUGUGGGCCCAGGAAGGGGUGGCCUGAGCUGAGGGGACAGGUUGGGGCCCUAAGAACAAGGUUAGUGGGAGCCAUGGGCAAGAUGUUAAGAGGGUGAGAGGGGCACACCUGUGGCUGGGGGCAGUGUCAGAGAGUAAGUAGAGGCAGCGAGUCCAUGCUGGAGACAGGUAAGGACGGGCCAGAGCUGCACCCUGGAGGAGCGGAAGGUGACCACAGGAGGGCUGUGCUGACAGGUGCCGUCACUGAAGGUCCUGGAGGAAGCUGCAGCAUCUUGAGGAGAAGAGUAAAGAAGUCCCAGGAGAGGCCACAGGAGGGACUGUGGCUUGGAGUACUCUGCUACUUUUUCUGGCCUUAGCCAGUUGAAGCUAGCUGAGCUCUGAGAGCCCAGAGUGUGGUGGGACAGACGAGCCAUUCUUAGUUCAGGACCCACCCCAGAGCUAGGAGGUACAUGUGGGUAGCAUUGGUUCAGGGCAGAGGGCCAGCUUCCCAGAAGACCAGCGACACCCGCCUGGCAAAGGGCCUGCACCACAUCUGCCCCUCCAGGAGCACCGGGGGCUGCUGGCCAUCCGCUAUCCGAUGGAGCAUGGCGUGGUGCGGGACUGGAAUGACAUGGAGCGCAUCUGGCAGUACGUGUACUCCAAGGACCAGCUGCAGACCUUCUCAGAGGAGCACCCAGUUCUCCUAACGGAGGCCCCACUCAACCCCAGCAAGAACCGGGAGAAGGCGGCGGAGGUAUUCUUUGAGACCUUCAACGUGCCGGCCCUGUUCAUCUCCAUGCAGGCCGUGCUCAGCCUGUAUGCAACAGGACGUACGACAGGAGUGGUGUUAGACUCAGGGGACGGGGUCACUCAUGCUGUCCCUAUCUACGAGGGCUUCGCCAUGCCACACUCCAUCAUGCGGGUGGACAUUGCCGGCCGAGACGUCUCCCGCUACCUCCAGCUGCUGCUGCGCAAGGAAGGGGCUGAUUUCCACACAUCGGCCGAGUUCGAGGUUGUGCGGACCAUCAAGGAGCGAGCCUGCUACCUGUCCAUCAACCCACAGAAGGAUGAGGCCCUAGAGACAGAGAAGGUGCAGUACACCCUGCCCGAUGGCAGCACGCUAGACGUGGGGCCUGCACGCUUCCGGGCCCCUGAGCUGCUGUUCCAGCCAGACCUGGUCGGGGACGAGAGUGAGGGGCUCCAUGAGGUGCUGGCCUUUGCUAUCCACAAGUCCGACAUGGACCUUCGACGCACGCUCUUCGCCAACAUCGUGCUCUCAGGGGGCUCCACGCUGUUCAAAGGCUUCGGGGACCGACUACUGAGUGAGGUGAAGAAGCUUGCUCCAAAGGAUGUCAAGAUCAAGAUCUCUGCCCCUCAGGAACGGCUGUACUCCACCUGGAUUGGUGGUUCCAUCUUGGCCUCACUGGACACUUUUAAGAAGAUGUGGGUAUCCAAAAAGGAGUACGAAGAGGACGGCCCCCGUGCUAUUCAUCGAAAGACCUUCUGAUGCCCAGGAGGGUGGAGCGUGUUGGGAGAAUUGGAGGAGGGGGAGCCAGAGCCCUGGACCCUUUCUGGUUGGGGUCCACAUUGUAGGCCAAGGGCCCCCUGCAUGCCCUGAACCCCCAGGCAGGUGGUGCAGCAGUGCCUGCCUACAGCCCCACCCUGCACAUGCACACGCACACACACACACACACACACAAACACACACAAGCACAUACACAUACUCUGACGUUUAGCUGCAUGGAUGUGGUCUCAACCUGGAGCAUAGGAAUUGAGGAGCCUACGUUGGGCCGCUCUGGGCGUCUCCCUGGACGGCCUAGGUUAGGCCAAGGUUUCCUCGUCUGAUUUUUGGAGCUGCUUCCCUGAGCUCCAGGCCCAGACGACCAAAGCCUCCAUGUCCUCUGGCAGGCGCUACCCUGAAGCCAGAGAACCUGGGGGCCUGGGAAGUAGGCUGGAGAGGAGUGGCCAGCAGCUUGAGCAGGGGCAAUGGGGUGCAGAGUACGUCUUACGCCAUUGCCUCUUCCCAGUCCCACAGCCACCCACACCUGUGCACACAUCCCCAGCAAGCGGUGUGGCACAGGGGCAGCCUCCAGAGCCGGGGCAGCCAUGGCACGAGGCCUGUCGCCCUCUGCCCUCCAACCUCUGAGCACAUCAGUGAUUGCUGCUCCUGUCCUGCCCUGUGCCCUCGUUGGGAAGCCUUAUGGUCUGCAUUGUUGGAGGAAGCCAGGGAAUCGGGAGUCAGGUGAGGGCUGAGGAGGUCCUCCUCCCACCCUCAAAGACAGGGUGGCUGGGCCCAACCUCCCUGCCCAGAUGCGUCCAAUAACUUAACAGUUGCCUGAGAAAAUUUUCUUUUAUAAAUCAUUAUAGUAAUGAUGGACAAGG